UGUCGUCGACACAAUCUGCCAUUUUAAAUGUUGACCAUUUAAGUUUUAUUAACUUUUUUUUCUCUCUUUCUCUCCACUUACAUUCACGACAUGGAGAAAAAGUCAACUUUGGGCCUGGCCGCCAAGAAAAUGAUUCCCAUCCCGAAAAAAAAGAUGGCUUCAAAAGAGCCACAUUUGGAAGAAUGCAGGAUUGGUGGGAGAGAGGAAAUAGAAAUAAAGGCGUAUUUAUCUCAAUGUUUGCUGGACCCCAACGACAUCUUUAAAAUGUGGGAUUUCACCAAAAUAUGUCUGAUUUACAACCAAUCAUUGCUCCAGAGCUUCGGUGAAAAAAGGCGUGAGAUGAAAUCUUUGGGAAGGCGUGGACAAGAACUCGAAGUGGGGUUUGGCUUUUUGGCUGUUAAACACGCCACCGUGGAGUCUAUUUACCGGCAGGGCCUGAGCGUCAAUCAUUGUGACAUUAAAGCUCUUGGAGACCCCUCCCAAGGAGUCUACCUCACCCGUCAUAUAGAUAUUUGUCUCAAAGUUUGCAUGCAGCAAGGCUUGCUCAGAAGCACCAUAGUCCUUUUCAAGGUGCUGUAUGGGAAAGUAAAAUCGUUGAUACCUCGGACUCAACAUGACAAGCCACUUGAGCCGUCUUGCAACUAUGAUUGUCACAUACCACAGAAGAAGCCCAAGCUCAAUGAACCACUAAAUCUGCAGAAUUACUCCGCAUGCUUCCCUCACUUCUUCAUGGAGCCUGCCUACAGGUAG